AAUGGCGGAAGAACUCAAACAGCUGAAGCUGUUCUCUGAUGUGACCGCAAUGUUGGCACCUGCCAAAAGCCUGUAUGAGGCUGGCUGCUGCCCCUGCUGUCUGCUCAGGUUCCUGGGAGAGAAGGACUCUCAAAUCUAUCAAAAAUCAGCCGAGGAGCUUCAGGCUGUAGCUCUCACACUCUGCAGCCAACCUCAGGGUGAUGUUGCAGAUGGUCCCACAGACAGCAAGUGUGUGAACACAGAUGACAUUCCAUGCAUAGCUUGUCUUGGCAUUCUACAGCAUGGCUGUAGUGAGGAAUUCCUUGAAAAGAUCCAGAAAAAAAUAAAUGAGGAGGGAUAUAAAUCCCAACUCUUCAGUUUAUCCUUGAUGACACCAAUACAGCUAAUAGUGAGAGAGCAUGCAGUAAUGCUGUUUCUUAGGCAGAGAUUUAGUGACCUGUACACAGGCCAGUCCAUUGAGAAGGUGACAAGCAUGAAGGAUGUGUACAAGUGGAGAUGUGGUCCCAGAUUAAAGGACAAACUAAAUAUGGAGUACCAUCACCAGAUAGAGAGUCCUUUUCUUAUCCAGUUGAUGUUUGAACACAAGGAGACUGAAACAGAGUGCAGUUUUCUGAUCAGUGCUUGUCCAAAGGUUUUUCCUUCCAACUCUAGCAGAAAACGCAAGAGGGAUUCCGAGCAGGGUGUUUUGAACAGAACUUCAGUUGCAAGAGCCAUCAGCAGCUUGUCUGAGAGUAAGUUUAUGAGUCUAGUGAGGUGCCCGCCCGAGAAGGUGGACACUAUGUGCAGGUGUGAGGAGAUCACCUGUUAUCAUGAGGCUGUCUUUGUGGCAGGUCGUUACAACAAGUACUCCCGGACCCUGAGUCAGACCCCCUGGGUGGUGGAUGGUGAAAGAAGGGGGAAAACCUCUGUAUCAGAACUAAUUUGUACCAGAAUACAGGCCAUGUUCAUGGCACAAGAGUACAGAUUCUCCUCAGCAGGCAGAGAGGAUGUAGAUGUCAGGACACUAGGCAGAGGGAGGCCCUUUCUGGUAGAGUUGAUUCAGCCCCACGUUUCUGAUGUGCCAAUAGACAAGAUGAAGUUGCUUCAACAGGAGAUAAACAGUGGAACGACAGAUAUUGCAGUUAGGGACCUGCAAGUAGUGUCAAGGGAAGAGUCAGGAAAGCUGAAGGUUGGAGAGACAGAGAAGACAAAGUCCUACUCUGCCCUGGUCAGGGUCGAGAAGACUAUUCAGCCUGAUGACCUCAAGUUUUUAGAAGAAAUUAAGGACUUGAAGCUGGCCCAGAAGACCCCCAUCAGAGUCAUCCAUAGACGGCCACUAGCCAGUCGUGAUCGUGUCAUACACAACAUGUCAGGAGAAUACAUCGACUCUCACCACUUCACUCUCCACCUCAAGACACAGGCCGGAACGUACAUCAAAGAGUUUGUCCAUGGAGACUUUGGCAGGACCCAGCCCAGCCUGUCCACACUCAUGCACAUGGACACAGACAUUCUGGAGCUGGAUGUGGAGUCUGUUGAUGUGGACUGGCCCAAGACUAUUGAUGAGUGAACAUCACCAGUUGGAAACUGUUAUAGCUACAGCUGUGGAAGGAAAGAAGAAAAGACAAGUCUAGUCGAGUUUUUGGGACGACUGGGAGAGGAAAAUAAACAAGCAAAGCUCUGCCAAGGCAACUUACUAAACAUUCUGAAAUAAUUGGGAUCAAACAUUGAUGUGUGCCAAGUGCUGUAAAGAUGUUGUCUUUUAAAUUAUUUCACAUGUUAACAGUGAAUAUAAUGAAAACAGCAAAAAAUUAUAAAUUGAAGCAGUGCCAUGGAAGUAUUCUGCUGUUUCAGUGGUCUUCUGUGUUCCUCUUAGGAAUGGUGUCCAUUCCUCAAGAUGUUUACAAACAUAUUCCUGUUUGUUUGUUUUUUAAGAUGUGCCUAUAAUUUAUUCCCUUCCACGAACAACAUGUGGUAUGGGCCAUUUUUAUGACUAUUGUUCUAAAUGUUACACUGAAUAAAACGAUACAAUAUUUGUAGUCUUAA